AUGGCGUCAAGCCGCUCACACAGAGCCGCCGUGGCCCACCUCGACUCCAAUCGUCCGCACCGACCCAGCCGCGCCGAGCCACCCUGCUCACCGUCGUCGUGCUCGGUGCCGGACGCGCCACCGUCGUGCCCGCGCGCCUCGUCAUGCCGCACCGCUGCCGUCACUCAACCACGUCGCGCCGUGCGCCGUCCAGGUGAGCUCCCUGCUCGGUUCGCCUUCCCCCUCUCUCUGUUCAGGGCAGCCGCCCGCGCGUCUCCCGCACCGUCGUCGUUGUUCGCCCGUGCGCGUCGGCUGCCGACUCACGCCACGUCGCUCGGCCACCGUCCGCGCGCCGCGCCGCAGCUGGUCAGCGCGCCGCCCGUCCGCGCCAGUGUGCGCCGCGCCGACGCGCCGUCCCGGCCGCCGUCGCCGCCGCCACCCUCUGCGCCCGACCGUGAAGCCCGAGCGCCCUGCUCGCUGCUCCGCCGCCGCCAGGCCGCCGCGCUCUCCCUCCCCGAGCUCCGGCUCCCUCCUCCUUCUCCGGUUAAUCAUCAUAUGAGUUAA